CUCUCUCUCUCUCUCUCUCUCUCCCCCAUUUCAUUAACCUCCAAAAACAACUCUUCCCCAAUUUAUUCAUGAAGGAGAAAAUAACUUCGAAGGCCAUGACUUUCCUUCUUCCCGACGCGAUGCGGAAGAAGAAGAAGCCCCGGUGGACGGCGGCGCAGUCCCUCUCCUCCCCCUCCUCUGCCGACGCAGCUGACGCCGGCGCCUCCCACUCCUCCGCCGCAGCUGGCGAGGACCGCCUCACCGAUCUGCCGGACGUCCUCCGCCUCCAGAUCCUCUCCCUCCUCCCCCUCAAGUACGCCGUCCGCACCGGCGCCCUCUCCUCCCGCUGGCGCGACCUCUGGAAGUACCGCUGGCCGCACCCCUCCUCCCUCGACCUCUCCGUCGCCGCCGGCGAGCGCCCGGAGGACUUCCUCGACCGCGUCGAUUGCUGCCUCCGGCACCGCGGCCGGCGGCGGCUCGACGUCCUCCGGAUCGCCUUCCACCCGGGCCUCCGCCAUAGCCAUGAUGUAUGCCGCUGGCUCGAGUACGCCUCUGCCUGCGGCGUCGAGGACCUCUAUGUCGACCUAUCCCCUCCACCCCCAUCCCCUGCCCCAGCCGGCCGCCGCCGCCCCCUUCGCCGCGACUUCUUCCACCUCUGCGAGAGCUCCAACCUCUUCCGCCUCACCGUCUGUGGGUUCCACCUCUCCUGCCCCGCCGCCCAUUUCAAGCGCCUCUCCUCUCUCGAGGUCCUCUGCCUCCACAACGUCUCCAUCACCGACGCCGCCCUGAGGAGGAUCAUCGCCGCCUGCCCGCAGCUCCGUUCGCUCGAUCUCCGGUACUGCCGGGACCUCCGGCGGAUCGCCAUCCCAGCCUCCGGCCGGCUCGCGAGCCUCACCAUAGUUCACUGCCCCAAGGUCUCCGAGCUCACUGUCUCGGCCCCAAGCCUCCGGUCCUUCCGAUUCAGUGGUGCGUAUCUCACCAAUUACUGCCUCGAUAACUCUUCGAGGCUGGAGGAUGUAUACAUGAGCUCCGGCGUCCUUAGCUCGGGGCUUCCUCGAAGCAAUUGGGUGAAGGCCAUCGGCAGGCUUUCCAAUGUUAAGGUCCUGACCCUUUGCAGCCUCUCGCUUCAGUAUAUUACUGUCUCGGGCGCAAACGCAAUUGAGGCAUUCAGGAACUUCCGAAACCUGAAAGAAUUGCAGCUGCUGAUGGUGAUGAUGACCGACAGCAACCUCACAGAUAUCUACAGCUUCUUUACUCUAUGCCAGUGUCCAAAGUUGGAAAGGCUUUUCAUAGAGCUUCCAACCAAUAUGUAUGAUCCCUUUCUGGAGAAAUACUUGGAGGUGGUCGAGGAGAAACCUCCAGAGGUUGCUUUUGAAAAUCUCAAGGUCAUAAAGAUGAAUAACUUCAAGGGGCACAACAAUGAGAUGCAACUGGUGAGAUUUUUAUUGGGGAGGGCUGGCUAUCUUGAGUCUUUAGCCAUAGUUGGUUUUCAAGAAUUUGAGAUGGAUGAAGUGAAUUAUUAUUCUGGUUUGCAAUAUCUCCGUGACCAGCUGCCAUACUUGAUGAAGGCAUCGGUGAAUGCAAAAAUAGUUAUGACGGAGCAUGAUGAUAAUCAGUUAUGCCCAACACAUUCUGAAAUCUAUAUUAAAGUCUAACUCGCCGUAAGGGGAGUUAUUAUAGGUGGAAUCUGGCCAUUGUCCAGUCGGUUUCUUUUGUUCCCAAUUAUUAUACUCUUUUACUUGAUCUGCAUUUUGUUUUUGAAAGUUGAUGAAAGUGAAAUUUUAUAUGCCCUGUGCUAUUAUAGAGUUAGUGUAGGUCCAAACAGCUGAUACCAUUUUGUAAACCCGUUUCUGUUGUCACAUUGACAUCUAUAUAGAAGAUGAAUGUAAAUUAGAUCUUGUUUGGGUUGUGAAAGUGCUCAUAUAGGAAGUUUGAUUCACAAAGAUAUUAUGAGGUUGGCCUUCAGCAAAUUUUUCACCAAAGACUUGCAGGUAUAGGGGAGAGACUACAGAUGUUCCUGCAAAGGCUUUUCAGAAAUGCUGCAUUAAUUGUUCACCUGAUUCUCAUAGUAGAGGUCUGAUUUUGGAAAAUUUUGUCAACAAGAAGGUGAUGUUUUAUCACAUUCUGUUAUAUUUUCUAAUAUGAGAUAAGAAGUCUAUAAGUUAAAUCUGAUCUCGUGAUAUCUGUAAACAAAUUCCACUGUAAAUAUAUCUGGAUAAGAGACCAAGUUACAACCUAGAAGGGACCAAGCCUUUGCACUAUUCCACGAUUUAAAUUCUAGAGGAAACAGAAAAUAUGAAAUGAAGUGAUAAAUACUGAAUUCAUGGGAGAGGUUGCUGCUAUAUAUGAAGUUACAUAAACAAUUACUCUUCCACCUCAUUUGUCAAACAAUUGGUUUCAACAACCUAAAACUACCUAAUCGUGUACCCAUAUGAUCUAAACCAUGACAAAAUCUUGUCAUGGAAAUUGACCCUAUUUUUGAGGAUUAUAAUGACAAAAUUAGUCAAAACUUGUAAAACAAAUAAUUGGGCCUUAAAAUCUUUCAUUCUAAUGCAUGAUAUGUACGUCAAAUUACUGUUGGCGGAAAGGCAAUCAUUGCGGGAGAAAUCCGCCGACUGAAACCAAUCCGCCAUUAUGGUGCACCCAAGAUGAUGUGGUGAGGUCAUAUCAGCUAUGGACUCAGGACCACCAAUUCAUCUAGCCGCAUGGGUGAAGCCUGCGUCUGAUACCCAUGACUAAUAACCUCGAUUCAGAGAAAGUGAGAGAAAUUUUUUUCUCGAUAAAGGACUAGAAUGUGAUCUAACAAUUACAGAGCUAAGCUUAACAAACUCACAUGUUCUGACUAGUGGCCUACGGGCUCAACCUCUAUAUAAAAGAGAUACGAAGGGGAUCCUCAAGUAAGUAAGAGAAAGCAAACUCAAGCACUCGAGAGAAGGACAAGCCCUAAAGGAGGAGGAAGGUGAACUCUUUCGGCUUUCACUUUCUUUUUUCUCUAUUAUUUUCAAAGCUUCGGCUAAUUUAAGCAUUGGAAGGUCUCUCGUUGGAACACCCCCCGAUGAGUGUGGACUUUCUUUGCAAGUACUCUCCAACGUCAUAGAUCUUGGGCGGCAUCCAGCUCUAGCCACAUCAGCAUCUCUUUGGAGUCUUGUGGCAACAGAUUAGUGUUAGAGGAAGGGGCCGGUCUCCUUGAUGAGAUAACAAAAAGCAUGGUGCCGAGGAGAGCUCAAAAUUUUGCUACCUUCCACCAGCAAUCCAUCCGUCAUAGCUAGAGCAGUGCUGCCCGUGGGUCUAUCGUAAUGGAUUCUCUGACCGUGAUAGAUCUGUAUCUUUGAGAAGCUCUUCCUUCGUUGAUGAUUUGGUCCCGUCAUGCUUCUUUAGGCUCGGAAGAUCUCGACUGGGAGGAACUCAAGAGUAGAGCUCAAGACAUCGAGUAUCGCGUUAGUGAAGUCCAAAAUGGAUCUCAUCGGAGCAACGACAACCUCGACUUCAAUUUUCAACCAUCAUUCCCCCAGGCCAUGAUGGAGAAAUCAAUCCCAAAUUGGUUCAAAGUAUCCUAAUUGGAGCCAUAUGACGGUUUCAUGGAUCUCCUUGAUCACUUGCAAGGUUAUAGAACUCUCAUGAUGCUACAAGAUGCCUCAGGUAUCCUCUUUUGCCUCAUAUUUCUGGCCACCUUCAGAAAAUCGGCAUGGACAUGGUAUUUCGGACUCCAACCAGGAUCUAUUCAUUCGUUCGAGCAGCUCGGCAUCCUGUUCGUUACUCAUUUUAGCAGCUACCGACCCCAAUCAAGGAGCUAUGACAUUUUUUCUUCUCUCUAGCAAGAAAGUCACUCGUGACUACAUCGCGUGCUUUAACACCGCCACACUUGAGGUAUGGAGUUUCGAUCAGUCAGUGGUGAUAUCAGUGCUCAAGUGAGGGCUACAAAAUGAGCGCCUUGUCUUUUUCCUCAGCAAAAAGUUUUCAAUGGAUUAUGUUGACUUGCUGGCCUAAGCUCGGAAGUACGCUCAGACAGAAGAAGCCUGGGAGCUAUACAAGCAGGCGGAAGGAAAGAAGAUCUCUGAUAGGAAAAGUGAUCGGAAAGAUCCCCGAGCAGUUCGGAUUGAAAGAAAAUUUUUUCGAUCAUAAAAGAGCUACCGAUCGAGGCCUCCCCAGUAGUUUGACAGCUAGAUCAUUCUAUCCACCCUCCAAUCCCAGAUUCUAAUGGAGAUCGAGGGUCAAGGGUAUCUGCGGCAGCUUGGACUAAUGAAGUUUCCUCCAAAUAGGAGCAAGAGGAAGUACUAUUAUUUCUAUCGUGACCACGGUCACGACACUGAAGAAUGCCACCAACUCAAGGACGAGAUCGAGGUCUUGAUUCAGAGAAGCUAUCUCGGCAAGUAUGUUCGAGAGCAGUGAAAUCAAGCAUUCGAUGAGAAGAACAACGACAACCGAUGAAUGGCUGGUGUCAUCAACGACAUCUCCAUCCCAGCUAGCAGCGUGGGGGGUAGGAGCCUAAAUUAAGGAGGAAAAGGGGAUGAUGUUUGGGGGCACUGUUUUCCUUCAUGAUCUUAGGGGAAAGUCAAUGGCGUGGUUGUCGCACUGUCGAUGAUAGUUAGUCAUGAUAUAAAUACAAUUUUGUUUUAUAAUGAAAACUCAAUUGACAUUUUGUUUUAUAAUGCUUUUUAAGGAUAAAAUUACCAGCCGACCUAAAGAAGGCAAGGCUAGAGCCGAGGCUAUGUUGAACGAGGCUCGGCCCCAACGACGGUAUCUUCGAGGCAAACUUGGAAAGCUCGUACGGCUCAUGACAAUCCAAUCAGGGUACUUGGGUCCUAUGUUAGACCUCACGUGCACAUGAAGCCUCGAGCCUCUCGAGGCUCGGAGACUGAAGGUGGCUCGGUAUCUAAGAAAGGCAAAAGCCUCUCCGAGGCUUUUCAGAGUACGAAAGUCCUGGCAUAGAAACCCGAGGAUACUCGAGUCAACAUCUCUCGUAGGGCAACGUGAUGCUUCUUGCUCGCGUGUGAGCCACAGGACUUCAUGUGAGAGGUAAACAUAAUGAAAAUCUAUUUUUAUUAACUAAAAGUUUAUUUAUAGAAGUUUGUCGAGAAGAAGGGACCAAAAAUAAAUACAAAAAGGAUGAAGAACUAGUCUUCGUCCAAAGAAAAUGCCUCGACCUCCUCGUCACUACUUCGGGAGCGGAGGCACCUCAGGUCGAGUUUCGGGACCAUCUUCAGAUGCGUCUUGCAGUCGUUGAAGCCUUGGAUGAACCCAACCGAAGAUGCCUCGACAAGCUCAUCCUCAAAGUCCAUAUAGGUCUUGUAUUCGGUGAUGCACUUGUACCUAACCUUGAUGGGAAGCUCCAUUGCAGCUUUGGUGAAAUCUCCAUUACCCCCGGGCAGUGAAGGGUCUGCCUCGAGCCUUGCCGACCCUCCAGAGGGAGGCAGGGCCCAGUCCGAUGGAAAAGAAACCCAAAAUGACUUCGACGCAGUAACCUACGGUCUCUUAGCUAUAAUCGACUCAAUUCGCUAUCAGGGAUUGUGAUGAGUCGGGGACAAAAAGCUCCUAGUAGGUAUUCCUUGUGCUCUUGGACGAGGACUCGUGUAAGGAGCUCAUCUUCUUCUUUACUGCCGACUUGAUGGACGACAACAAUGGCUUGAUGGUUAUAAGAUAAGAAAAGGACAAUCUACCUCUAAAGGCUACUACGACAAAAGAGCAACUGACAGUUGGUGGCAGGAAACCCCAUCAGAUGGGUGAUCCAUUUAUACAAACCAUCAGCGGUGCAGAUCCGAUCAUCGAAUUGUCAGAUCUUGCCAUUUGGCCAGUCCUGAAGCGACGGACUGUGCAGCCGUUCAUCGCAUCCUUAUCCGAUCGAGUUGUGUGAGAUAACUCACGAAGCGUGUCUCGAAACUUACCAUGGCUUGCCACGUGGCAGGCCCACCGACGAGUUCUGGGAUAAUCUCUGGAUUUUUUCUCUCAGAAGCAUCGUCCUACGACUCCUCAAGCUUCCUUCCUAAUAAAAGUAGUGUGAGCCGCGAAACGAUGCAUCAUUAAUUCUCAGAAUUUUUUUCAAAAAUAGUAAUGCAGGCGCGUCCAGGAGGGAACCAAGUCGGUGGUUCAACUACCAAGGCAGCUACUUCGUUCAAAAUCCGAAAGCCAUUUUGAACUCGAAAGUGGGGGGCAUAUGUUGCAGGGGAUACUCUCUGAUCGAGACCCAUCCUCCAUUGAGAUGCACCCAAGAUGACGUGGUGAGGUCAUACAAGUUGUGGAUCCAGGACCACUCAUUUAGCCAGCUGCGUGGGUGAAGCCUGUGCCAGACACCCACGACUAACAACCUCAAUUCAGAGGUGACAGAGAUUCCUCCCUUGAUAAAGGGUCAGAACGUGGUCUAACGGCUUGCAGAAUUAGGUCUAACAAACUCAUAGAUUCCGACUAGCGGCCUAAGGGCUCAACCUCCAUAUAAAAGAAAUACAAAGGGGAUCCUCAGGUAAGCAAGAAAAGCAAACUCAAGCACUCAAGAGAAGGACAAGCCCUAAAGGAGGAAGAAGGAGAACUCUCUCCGCUCUCCUGAUUCUCGUUUUCUUUUCUCUCUACUGUUCCCGAAGCUCUUGCUAACUUAAAUAUUGGGGGUUCUUCCGUCGAAACACCCUCGACGAGUAUGGACUUCCUUCACAGGUACUCUCCAGUGUCACGGAUUUCGGAUGGCAUCCAGCUCCAGUCACAUCAGCACCUCUGGCAACAGCAAUCAAAUUAAAAGUUGUGAAGUUGCAUCUGAAAUGAUUUUGAUGACUCCACAAAUACUUUUAGCAAAUAACAGGAGAAAAAUAUUCUUGCUAAAAUCCAACAACUAUACUCCAGUUUAUCCUCUUUAUUCUUCGUUUUCAACAUCCUAUUUCAACUUAUUUGACACAACCAGCAGAUCCUGAGAUUCAUGGAAAUAACAAAUUGACCUAAUCUUUAAAAGUGCAUAAUCUUCUUCUAAUCCAUUUGUUUCUAGGCUUCAAUACAUUCUGUUGUCCUGGAUGAUGACAAUUAUAUGCGACUUCCAUAACUCUAUUAUAGCAUAUCUUUCUAUUUAUCGUUUCCUCCCAUAGCAUCUGUCCCCCUUUAAUCCCAUGGCUUAAGUUGUUCCAACAUGAAUCGUUGGCACAUGAGUCUGCUAUACCAAAUUGAAUGUCAAAUUAAUUAACAAUAUGGAAGGUGAAAAGCAAUUGCGGUUGCACCAUUAUUCAAUGAUGGAUUUACUGACGUUGGUUAAUAUAGGUAGGCCAAAUUUGUCUUUCAAGGAUUCCCUAAUAAAAACUCACCCACUCACUGCCACCAAUAGAAAUUACCACUCAUGCUAGUCAAAUACUAGCCAAGUUUUUUAAUCCUCUCAUCAAAAAAGUUAACUUCUGGUCCAUGCCUGUCGCAGUCAGUGGUUGAAUGGCUCGGAUGGCUAGGUUAGUCUCCACUCUCGCAUGCGUGAGGUAUUGUCUGCUCUGGUCUCUAGCUGUCUUGGACCUUUGGGCCUCUAGCCAUCUUAGGCCUUUUGGUUUUGCUCUUUAAAAGAUGCCUCAUGGGAGAGAGAAGGUCCCAUUCUAUAUAAUCCAUACUUUUUCUUGACUCACAACCGAUGUGGGACCAAACAUACACUCCUCCCACAACAGUAGCCCCCCCAGUCAAAGGGGAAUAUGCAUGGAGUAGGAUAGGAGGCGAAGGUUCAGGCCCUCCUUCUAGUGCCAAUCUGUUGCGGUCAGGGGUUGAAUGGCUCGAGUGGCUGGGUCGGUCUCUGCUCUUGCAUGCGUGAGGUAUUGUCCGCUCUAGCCUCUGGUCAUCUUGGACCUUUGGACAUCUAGCCGUCUUGGGCCUCAUGGUUUUGCCUUUUAAAAGGCACCUUACGGGAGAGAGAAAGUCCCAUUCUAUAUAAGCCAUAUUUCCCCUUGACUCACAACCGAUGUAGGACUAAAGUUAUACUCCUCCCAUAACAAUGGAUUUUUUAUCUACAUGGUCUUCCUUCCAUCCAGGUCAUUUUAUUUGUUGUAACUGGAAUUUUGAUUGAAAUCUGAUACUCCUAGCAAUUAUUUAGCAGCAUUGUUGUGCUGUGAAAUCUUUCUGUCAAUCAGCGCUACCUUGUAUGUUAAGCAUCCUGAUUCAAACGUCAUUCUAGUCGGUACAAUAAAAAGCCUUGAUGGGAAUCAUAUCCAAAACAUCCCCUUGUUAUAAACAAUUGAAUUUAUAUAGCAAUGGUGGUCCAAUAGCAGCCAUCUACCCUUUGAAAGAAUCUUAAUGCUUUCUAGAACCAGUUCAUCUACAUCUUUUUCUUUUAUGCUUUACUCAAUCAUAUAUGCUAUUGCCUUCAAAUUUCAAGAAGAAAGUGUAAUAGCUGAUGCCUUGUGAAAAGAUUGUCUUGCCUCACCAUCUCAGUUCAUAUAAAGUUUAACAUUCUUCUUCUGUAGCAAUCAAGUGGCCUCCAACUUAACUCUUUUUCAGCUGGAUUGUUUGACUCAUACGCAUUCUAGGGACAACAAAACUCCUUAUGUUGAGGAGCUUGACAACUACAUGUAUUAUGGAUAUCUUGAUUUCUUUUGGAUUGUCAUUGAAGAUUUUGUAAUACAAUGUUGUUGCUCUCCUUUACCUUCAAAAUUUAAUUUUGCAAGGGCACUAAAUCAUCAAGCUAUGGUCUGCUAUACCCAAAAUCAACAGCUUCCUAUGCUUGGGGUCCUAACCGGUGUUAUGCUUUCCUUAGCCAGAACAGUUUAUUGAAACUUCAAUCCAACUGCUUAAUUUAGGGAAAUUUGUACUGUCUGGACGUCAUCAUAUAGUGAUUUUGUUACAGGUUCAGGUGCUCAAUGUUUAUGUAUUGAUUUAUGGAUCCUUACAAAGGUUUAAAAUUCUCUCACUGAACCAUUUUCUGAAGCAUGAAGUCAUGUGUGAGUUUUCAUACGCUCACAAGCUGCUAGAAAUCUGUUGUUAUUUCAUGUGCCUAUCAGACCUUUGUGUUUUUCAUGCUUAAAACCAAAUUUCUCUCAAUCAUGUCAUAUUCUUGGGAAUCUGUAUCUUUCUUGAUAUUGUUGCAAAUUUCUUCAUAUUAUUGAACCAUUGCAUCCAGUACAGUGUUAGUACAUUCAAGUAUUGGCAUUCAAUUAAAGUUUUUUCUACCAGCAAAUUGGUGCAGAUAUGUCAAAAGGAGUCAAAAAUAUGGUUGGGCUAUUAGAUGAAGAACUUCAUAUUUAAAAUUAGUUUUAAUAGGAAAAUUAAAUCAAAUAAAGGUCCAUUAUCUGAAAGAGUAAAUCCCCAGUGACCCUGUCUUCUCUCUUGAAAUUAAGAGAGGGAGAAGAUAAUAAAAACUUCUAUAAAUGCCAUAAUUCUUAUGAAGAUGGCUGUUGAAUUACUGCCUUUGGCUGGAUGUGAGUAACAAACAGCAAGAAAUCCUUUUUAAGAAAAUUGUUAAACUUACUCUAUUAUUGUUAAGCAACACUGUAACCUAAAUAGGACUAUGAAUUCUAGCCAAAAUAUGCUUGUUUUUAUUGUACAUAGUCCACUGUCUACUAUAUCUUUUUUAUAAGAUUCUAAUUUGACAUUUAAGGAGCAUAAUUAUUUACUUGAUGAUGCUUUCAUAGCUAAAAUAUGCAGGGCAGGACUUGGUUUCAGAAUGAGUACCAUCAUGCUUAUGAUGGACAUGCUUGUGUUAAGUUUUGACUCUUAACACAUGGCUAAAUAUUGUUACCAAAAAUUUGAUUUGAACUCUUUAACUAUUUUUUUUCUAUUAGUUCAAAACUAAAAGCAGGCAAAGACAGGAGGGCAGGAACCAGCCCCAUAAUCUGGAAAGAAGACUAGCAGAAGGCAUUUUGGGCCAUGCUUAUCGAAAUUCAGGGGCCGUGCUCCUUUUUCUUUUCUUUCUUGUCCAUUUGCUUCUUAGCCAGCUGGCUUUGACACCUUAAUUUUUGAACAAGGUACAUGCAUUCAUUGAUUUCCUGACCCAAUUAUAUUCAUAAUUUUGAUGGUAUAUGUUGCAUAUAUUUUUCUCCACCUACUGUUCUAAACUUUGUUUUGUUGUCCGAUGUUUUAGUGUAACAUAAUAUGAUAUUAUAUGACAAAUAACCAUCCUAUAGAGUGUUCGACAAUUCUGUGCACUACAGUUUGAUCAUGUAGAGGACUAAGUGUUUGGCCUUGAGGUGUUUCAUGGUAAUACUGAUCUCAUUAAUAGACUAGAAGCCUUGCAUAAUUUAUUUUUAAUGAAUGUUGUCUUUGAAUUUUGGCCUGUUGUUUUCUGUCAAAUUCUACUUUUUUAUCAUGGAUUUAUAUUUUUAUGUAUGUUAAUUUUUUUACACUUUUUUUCUUGAUUCACGUUAAAAGCUUGUGUGGGAAAAUUUUGUACAGGAAGCCUCUCUGAAUAACUAGUAAUAAUAUCAGUCUGUUGCUCCUACAGGAACAUUUCUCUGGGCUAUUCUCUCAGAUUUUUGUGACACUAACGUGGGAUAAUUUACAUCUAUAUAUCCUAGGGUGUUUGGAGAAGCUUACUUCUCCUAAUCUUGUGUUUGAAUUUCAUUACUUUGAAGUUAUUACUUUUUAGGUUUUUUCCUUUUUGACUAGUUGCCUAUCCUUCUUUUAGUUUCUGUAUGUUUUAGUUCUGAUAGGUGACAAAGGAUAGGUGGUACUCUUUCUGUACCUCAAUGAGGACUUCUUCUUUUAGCUUUUGGUAGCCCUUGCCCUGUCCUUUGAGGUUGGCGCACCCUCAAUGUCUGAUGCUGCACAAUCACCUUUAGUUCUUGAUGGCACUCUUGUGAUCAGUGGUAGUGGGCAAGAACAGAAUGUUUUUGUUUCAUCAGUGUGAUUUUGUGUGAUAGUGAAAUUCAAUCUCUAUCUGAUGUAGCACCGCAUCCUUCUAGAUCUUUGAAUUAAAUUGUUAAAGUUAAGGCCAUGACAAGAUGGGUCUCUUGCACAACAUUUCGUUAGAACAGAAGAAAAAUCUAUUUAAGAACCUCAAACGUCACCCACAGAUUUCUGAUUGUUAAAGAUCAGGCUGCAAGAUACCUCAAAAACUCCAUAUGACAUGAUUAGAUCAUUGGAAUGUUGAUGUAUGGAGACUAUAAAAUGUCGGCAUGGUUUCCUCUAUCUUCCAUCCAACCAACUGAACCUUGAUCAUACAGUUAUGAGGGAACAGGGACGAUUUAGGGAUUGGGAGUUUCAUUCUAGUUUCUUCUUGAUUAUGCUGAUUAUAGAGUAGGCUCAGAGAAAUAUCUACUGUUUUUUUUUUCUCCAUGACAAAAUUAUGGUUCUUUUCUGUUGUCCUUAUCUACAAAAAUAUAAUGAAAAUGUCUGGUAGCUUGUUGUCUGUGUCAUUUUCUUUAUUGUGUAAUGCUGUUUUUUUUGUGUCUGUUGAAUGUUUCCUUCAUGGGACUGCUUGCAUUUUCAUCUUUCCAUAAAACAAAACAACUCCUAACUUCCUAUGGCUACCUUAUCAACAUGCUCUAAAUCAUCUUGAUCAUUCCCUAGGUCUUUCUUGCUUAAACCACUGAUCUUGUGCUUAUGCUUGUUUUCAAGAUGAAGCUACAGUUCCUUCUCCUACAUGCUCUAGGACUAGGAGUGACCAUGGACUGCCAUAUUGCUCCUGAACUGCCUGAUUUGGAGCAUAUCAUACUGUACUAGAUUGAAACUAGUAUGAAAUUCAUAUUCAGUACAGGCCUCUUACCCCUCGAAACUAAGGCAUACCGAGGUGCAUAUGGACUCAUACUGAGGCAUACUGAUCCGUAUCAAGGUGUAGCGAGAAAGUGAGAAAAAUAGUUUGAGAGCUAUUUCGAUAUGGUAUUUGGUAUUGAGAUUGCAGACCUUGGGAGUGAUCUUUCAGGACUCUAAUCAAUUCUCAUGUCUAUGAACUCAUGUACUAAGUAGCCUUCUUGGACCUAUUUUGGUGUUGUUUUUUUUCCUAUCCUUUGUUUAAACGAAAAAAUACAAAAACGGAUAAAAAAUGUUUUGUGCUGUUAUUUCUACUUUCUAUUUUUAAAAUGACUCCAUAUUUUUGAAACAAAACAAGUGAAAGCAUGAAAGUCCUUUUUUAUUUUUCAAAAACAAGGAACUCAAGUUCUUCAAGUAGAAUCUCCUCCAUUCUUCGAUACCCUUUUCAUCGUUGCAUCGCCAUCUUGUCAAAAUUUUUGCUGCCUCGAUCAUCACCUCAUCAUCACCGCUAGGGAUGUGAAAAAAAACUAGCAAAACUGUAAACCUGACCUAAACUGAUCUCUUCAGUUUGGUUUGUAUCAUUUUUUUUAAAAAUUCGUUUUAGUGCCGGUUUGAGAAAGGCUUGAGCCAGAAAAAAAUCAGUUUAGUUUUGAUUUGAGUCAUCAGAAAACCAAUUCAAGUCGACCCAACUCAUGUAUGUGUAUAUAUAUUCAAAAUGACCUAACCAACCCAUUUGCAUGAGUGUAUAUAUGUUUGAAUUUUUAUUUUUUUCUCUUAUAUUUUUGUUAUAUAUGAAAUAAAAUUUUAUAUUUAGACUUAGUGAGCCCAUUUACCUAGUCCAUUGAACGUCAACCCUAUAUAAUAUGAAGUUUUUAUGUUGAGGCUUAGUCCAACCAAUUUAGCCCAAUCCAUUAAACAUCAACUCAAUAAGUCAAACUGAGCAAACCAAAUUUCUCAGGUCAAUUUCAAGCAGUUUUUAUAGAUUGGCUGUUUGAUUUCAGUUUUGUCCUAGAAAAUCAGUUUAUAUUGGUUCAAUUUUGGGUUUAUCUUCAAACUGAUCCAAGCUGAUGUGUGUACACCCCUAACAGCUGCCGCCACCCCUAUUGCUAUCGUCACGACUACUACUUUCAUUUUCAGUGGCACAACCACCACCAUGUAGCUGCUAUCAUCACCAUUGUCAUAGCCAUGCUGGUACUAACACCACUGCCACUGUUGCUGCUGUAGCCACUACCACAACUUCCAUCAUUGCCACCAUUGUUUUUUGUCAUUGCUAAAGGUUGGAAGAGGGUUUUUCUUUUACAAAAAUACAAACAGUUUGACUGAACCAAAUAUGAUUGUGUUAUUAAAAUUUAAAAGAAAAGUAGAAAUGAUUUUUUAAUUUCUUGUUUUUAGAAUUAGAAGUGAAAGUGAUGAAAAAUGUAACCUUUUUAACAUCGCAAGGACAGGCUUUUUUAACUUGAUUAUCUUUUCCAAUAUAAGCAGUAAUGCUUCUUUCCAAGUGGCUAUAUCCGGUAAAGUACAACUCCCCCAUAAGGGAGACUAUAGACACAUUAACCAAAAAAAAGGCUUAUCCUUUGAAACCAUUGCUUAUGUUAUGCAUUAUGCUGCACACCAGCCUUUCAGAGGAGUAAAGAUGAGAGAAUUCCUGGGCAUCAUUUGCAAGCUCUAGUGCCGAUGAGUUCACUUUUGUAGAAUUUCUCACCUUCUGUCUUCUGAAAAUUUUGUUUAUUUUUUUUUCUCCAAGCCAAAAUUUGACUUUUUCGAUUUGCUUUCAAUCUACAAAGGUUUCCUUACAAAUUUUUGCUAUGUUAGUUAUUUCUCAUCAACAGUUAGAGCAGCAAUGCUGGAAUGUUGGCAUCCGUCAAUUGAUAAUACAAGCUAAUAAAGAGAACGAAUUAAUCAGUUCAAUGUCUGGUACUCAUGGACUUACCCUUCCAGUGCGACAACUAACAAGCUUCAAUUCAAUGAUAGAAAUCAAAACAUAAUGUAGCUGCAGCAGGUAAGCUUUGGAUUUUGGCUCCAUUCAUAACUAUGGCUGAUGGGCUUGCCACCAAAGAGGAGCAUUGUGAUAACAGAAUUAUCUUCUCAUGAUGUUAUUUUCAAUUGAUUGGUUGUGACU